UCCGUAGAGGACGCGCCGGGUAAAGCAGAUGGAGUGAGCGAAACCGAGAGGAACGGAGAGACUUUAAAGUUUUUUUGCGUGUGUGUCAUUGUCGUUAAAUAGCUCUUAAACGUUAAUAUUAGAGACACUUGUUUUAAGUGAGUCAGCUCCUCCAGCUUGGAUCAGAGAAGGUGUUUUUCCCUAUCGCCAGAUCUGGAUUACGAACGGCGGAGCUCCCGGGACAGAGAAAAGUUUUGAAGACUAUUGUUUUGUUGCGCAGGAUUGUGUUUUAUCACACAGAUCUCAGCACGCACAACCUGCUCUGUAACAUAUAUUAUCAUCCGAGCCUCUAUGGAGUCAUUUCAACUUUCUUUUAUAAACUAAUUCCAUGCGCAUGCUGAGUUAGACUGAAUUUAUUCAUGGAUUAGAAUAAACUUGGACUUUAACAACAUAAGAAGAGAGAAUUCCACCUGAAGAUACAUGCUUGUGGGGAUGGCAACAGCCACCUCCAGUCCAUACUUAGCCAGCAGCAGGAUUUUAUCCGGCCCGGUGCUUCACUCUGAUCGGAGGGUUGGUGGCAUGCAGCCGGGCAGCACCGCUGUGACCACAGUGUCUAGUGGAUACAGAGGGGACCCUUCAGUAAAGAUGGUGCAGAGUGAUUUCAUGCAGGGAGCCAUGGUGGCGAGCAACGGGGGGCACAUGCUAAGCCAUGCCCACCAGUGGGUGACAUCGCUGCCUCACGCAGCAGCCGCAGCAGCCGCAGCCGCGGUGGCAGCAGCCGAGGCCGGCUCUCCGUGGUCCCCCAGCUCCCAGCCGCAGGACGUGAAGAGAGGCAGGGAAAGCCUGCACACGGGCACCGCUCUGCACCACAGGUCCCCGCAUCUGGAACCUCACCAGACGCACCCGGGGAGCUGGGGAGGCACCUCCGCGGCGCACAUCAGCAUCACAGAGGGGCAGCAGCAGCAACAGCAGCAACAGUCGCUUAUUUACUCUCAGCCCGGCGGGUUUACAGUCAACGGGAUGCUCAGCUCGCACGCGGGGCAGAGCCUCAUGCACCAGGGGCUGGUGCGCGGGGAGUCCCCGGAGCUGGACCACGGAAACCAUCAUCAUCACCAUCACCAUCAUAAUCACCACGCACACCAUCACCAGCAUCACGGCGUGAACCACGAGCCGCACUCAGACGAGGACACCCCGACGUCUGACGACUUGGAGCAUUUCGCCAAACAGUUCAAGCAGCGGCGGAUCAAGCUGGGCUUCACCCAGGCUGACGUGGGCUUAGCUCUGGGCACCCUGUACGGCAACGUCUUCUCACAGACCACCAUCUGCAGGUUCGAGGCGCUUCAGCUGAGCUUUAAGAACAUGUGCAAGCUGAAGCCUCUGCUGAACAAAUGGCUGGAGGAGGCCGACUCCACCACCGGGAGCCCCACCAGCAUCGAUAAGAUCGCCACCCAGGGCAGGAAGAGGAAAAAGCGCACGUCCAUCGAGGUGAGCGUAAAAGGCGCGUUGGAAAGCCACUUCCUCAAGUGUCCCAAACCAUCCGCGCAGGAGAUCAACUCUCUGGCGGACACUCUGCAGCUGGAGAAGGAGGUGGUCAGGGUCUGGUUCUGCAACCGCAGGCAGAAAGAGAAGCGCAUGACGCCGCCCGGACUGCCGCGCACCCCGGAGGACGCGUACUCACAGGUGGGCAGCAUGGGUCCUGACACACCGUCACCCUCCAUAGACUGCAAGAGGAUGUACAGCGACACGUGAAAAUAACUCAGCGGACUAGAACAACGUGAAGUGUUUGAAUACAUUUUUAGAGAGAUUAUUUCAUGUUUCCCUAAAUGACAGGAGAAGUGAUGAACUUUUCUUACAGCUAUUCGUGUUCUUUGAUCCACAAUAAUGAUGUUAUCCAGCGUGUAUUCAUUUCAGAGCAGGAUAAAUGUCUGCUUUUAUGCAUCCUCUGGUAUUUUCCUGCACUAUGAACCAGCCUUUAGCACAGAAAAUGAAAAUCUUAACUAAAAUCUGAAUAGAAAAUAAUUAAAAGGCGCCCAAAGAGCCCACAGAAUGAACAUUUUAUCAAUCUGAUCCCAAGAAGUUCAAACAGAAGAAGUUAUUUCCGUGUCCCUGUCAUGUUAAAAAUAAAACUUCCCUUGUAAUGCUGCACAGUUUGAUGUCCCACAGGCCUCCGUUUCUUUUUCUAUGGAACACGUUGAUUUAAUGCGCUUUAUCCAGCAUUAAGUGUUUUUAAUGAGCAAUAAUUUACCUUCCUUCAAACGUGUUUCUCACUUUUGUGUUGUGUGUCAGUGGAUUUAUGUUGUGACUCAGUUUAAGAUGGUCAGAGAGCGACUUUAAAAUUCUACCAGUAUUGUGUUUCCCUCCAUAGGAAACUCCUUUUUCUUUUUAAAUUAGCAAACACUCCCUUAAGUUUAUGUACAAAUAAUAAGUCUGCUGUGUAUUCUUGUGUGAUGAUUUGGACUAUUUAUUUUUUUUCCACUGUGUUUAUUUUCAUGGAAUAGACUAUUUAAUAAAUUUGACAUAA